CACGAAGGGCUCUCGCGUCUCUGGCUGCGGCUCCAGGGGUCGGGCGGAGGCGGCUGCGCAGGUGGUGAAACGCCAGACAGACCAGCGCCGGAGGGAGACUCCUUCCCUGAGCGAGUUAUUGAGACUUUUUCACCAAGUAAACCAACACCAUCACUAUCAGAAUAUCAUUGAUGGAGAAAGAAGCCACAUUUUCUAGUACAGGCCUUAUACAUGUUCCUUUUGGACAUGUUGUUGGAUGUGAGAAAUGGCGAGGGUCUCAUUUAGCCCAAGGAAUGCAAGGAAAGAUUAAGCUCAUCUUUGAGGAAGACCUGACAUUAGUGGAUUUUCACCUUUCUAAUAGAUUCUGUAUUCUUUAUAUUACUGAAGCAGAUCUGGUGGCAGGAAAUGGCUAUAAAAAAAGAAUUGUUCGACUUAGAAAUGCCAGUAAUCUUCACGGGAUUGUAAUAGUUGAAAAAACACAGAUUAGUGAACAGUACUUUACAGCAGUGCAGAAAUUUGUUGUCCUGGAACUUGGAAUGGCAUUGCUUCCGGUGUCCAGUCAAAUGGAAGCAUCCCAGCUUAUUAUCCAACUGGUCCAUGAACAGACCAAAGAGCGAAAUAGGAAUCCUUUUCUUAGGAAGAAAAGCUGCCAGCUCUCUGAAUCAUCAGUACUUCAAACAGUACAGCAGAUACCAGGAGUAGGAAAAGUGACAGCCCUACUUCUGUUGCAGGAGUUUGCAAGUAUCCAAAAACUGUGUAAUGCAUCUAUCCAAGAACUUGAGCAAGUAGUUGGACAUAUGCUAGCAGAAAAAAUGCAUACGUUCUUUACCCAGACAAGGUGACAGGACAUAAAUCUUAAAAUAGGUUUUUAUCCUCCAGCACCAUCAAAUCUAAGAUUGUGCUUUUCUUUACCUAUAGUGAAACCAAGGAAUUUACUUUUUCAUCGUGUAUCGGUAUUGAAAGGAAAGGUAAACUUAGAACCAUAAUCUCUAUGCUCAUGUUUUAAUCAGCUGCCCCUUGGCCGUAGGUCUUAAACUAACAGACCAGACACUGCUGUUUUUGACCAGCUUUCUAAUAAUUUUUUUUUUGUGAUUGAGAUGAUCAAAACUUGAAUGGAACAUAUCUUUGUUUAAAGGAAAUUCAUAAAUAAUCAUGUGGCCUUGACUGUAACAUCAACCUUUUCAGACUUCCUCAGACAUUUCAGAUGGUUGCUAAAGUAAGAAGCAAUAGUCAAUUAAAUGUUAUAUUAUCGCAGAUGUCUGAGGUAUUACAUGUAGUCUUCAGUUCUGGUAAUAAAUUGUAACUGGGGAUUAAAGGACUACAACUUAAGUAAAGCUUUUGGUGCCUUAAA